AUGGCUGAGGCUACCACAGACACACCAAAGCCUGCAGAAAAACCACGGUUGAUCAGCGAAGCCGAUGUAACAAAGUACAAGACUGCUGGUGACAUCGUACACGAUGUUAUGAAGAAACUGAUCGAACUCUGCGUCGAGGACGCAAAGAUCAUCGAUCUUUGUAUCGAGGGUGACAAGUUCAUUGAGGAGGGGACUGGUGGAGUUUACAACAAAGCCGUGAAGGGUGUUAAAAUGAGCAAGGGCCUUGCAUUCCCCACAUCGAUUUCUGUGAAUAACACUGUCUCCCAUUUCUCCCCUCUGGCUUCAGAUCCCCUAUCCUCCCAGGCCCUUGCUAAAGGCGAUGUAGUAAAGGUACACAUCGGUGCACAUAUCGACGGUUUCGCCGCCAUCAGUGCGGAGACCAUUGUCGUCGGCGCAUCCGAGCAAGAACCCGUAACUGGCAGAAAAGCAGACGUAAUUAAGGCAGCUUGGAAUGCAGCUGAGAUCGCCAUGAGGCUCGUGAAGGUUGGCAACAAAAACUUUACGGUCACCGAUGCCGUCGCGAAAACUGCUGCGGCGUGGGAUUGCAAGCCCGUCGAAGGCAUGCUCUCUUGCCAGCAGUCGCAAAAUGUCAUUGAUGGCAAGAAGCGCAUCAUUCUGAAUCCGAACGAAGCGCAGAGACGUGAUAUUGAGUCGAUCACGUUCGCAGAAGACGAGGUUUAUGGAAUUGAUAUUCUCAUUUCCUCAGGAGAGGAUGGCAAGGCACGUAUCGAGGAUUCUCGAACGACUAUCUACCAAAAAGAUAGCUCAGUAACUUAUCAGCUGAAGAUGAAGAACUCGCGUGCUGUGUUCUCUGAAGUGCAGAAAAAGGCUGGCGCCUUUCCAUUCAAUGUUCGUGCACUGGAGGAUGAGAAGAGAGCAAGACUUGGUCUUCAAGAGGCCGUGCAACAUGGCUUGAUCAAGCCGUAUGAAGUCGUGUACACUCCUGCAAACACAUUUGUGGCAGCAUUCCACUUUACGAUCGCAUUAGUUCCUGCCGGCCCGCUGCUGCUGACUCACCCUCCGGUGUGGUACAAGCCAGAGCUGGUGAAGGCUGAGAAGGAGUUGGAAGAUGAUGAGCUCAAAAGCCUGUUGACCAAGUCCCUCCGUGAGAGCAGAAAGAGUAAGAAGAAGGCAAAGGAAGCUGAGGGUAACGCGGAUGACGUAUAA